AUGGUGCUGGUGGACGCCAGCCUUCAGCCACGGACCGUCUGGGAGUUCAAGGCCGAGGUGAUUAUCCUGCACCACGCCACGACAAUCCGGGAGCGGUACCAGGCCAUGGUGCAUUGCGGCAUAAUCAGGCAGUGCGCGACUGUGAAGCACAUGUCCUGUGAGCUCCUCCGAACUGGCGACAAGGCAGUGGUCACGUUCCGCUUCGCCUACCACGGAGAGUACCUCCGGCCAGGGGCGCCGUUGUUGUUCCGGGAAGGUCGGACGAAGGGGCUCGGCAGGGUGCUGGAGGUCGUGCGCGAGGACGGCCCGCAGUGA